CUAAGAAAGAAAGAAACGGGUUUAAUGACGGCAGCAGAUCACAAGUGGUACAAGUACCGCAGUGCUAUCGCCCCACGAUUGAUGCGACCUCAAGCAGUUACAUGUUAUACAGACCAGUUAAAUACCGUAGCGUUAGAUUUGCUAACAAGAAUACGUAAAAUCCGGAAAGAAGACAAUACAGUCGACUUAUUACAAAACGAACUUUACAAAUGGGCCACAGAAUCUGUCGGUUAUGUUCUCUUCGGUUCGCGACUGGGCUGUUUGGCAGAUACAAUGCCACAGAACAUCCAAGAUCUCAUCGAUGCGGUCGGAGUAAUGUUCGUUACUGGGCACCAAAUGGCAAUCGGUGCCAGUAUACACCAAUUCCUUAAUACUAAAAUUUGGCAGAAGCAUGUAUCGUCAUCUGAUAUAAUCUAUGGUCUAGCUCAAGAAUUUAUUGAUCAGCAAUUGGUGGGAUAUUCAAAAGACAGAUCACAACUUGACCCACCCCAAAAUGGAACCGCUUUACUCAACUUUCUUCUAAGCAAUCCUUCAUUUUCAAUGGCAGAGAUUUAUUCCAACAUGGCUGAACUGUUCUUGGCAGGUCUUGAUACGGCCUCCAAUUCUCUCGGAUUUGCUAUCUACCUUUUGGCUAGCAACCCUGAAGUUCAAGAAAAACUUCAUGAUGAAAUUUCCCGGACGCUACAGGGUCAACCGUGUCAAAGUUCACACUUAACUAACAUGCCUUACUUGAAAGCAGUUUUAAAGGAGUCGAUGCGACUUUAUCCAGUUAUCCCAAUCGGAGCCAGAAUUACCACAGAAGAUAUUGUAUUAGAUGGCUACCACAUACCAAAGGGGACCUGUCUCAUGAUCAACAAUUACGCAAUGUCACGCGAUGAAAGGAAUUUCCCCAAUGCUAAUGAAUUCAUCCCUGAGAGAUGGUUUCGCAGUGACACCCGCAAAUUCCACCCUUUUGCAGUAAUUCCGUUUGGACACGGCUCCCGGAGUUGCAUCGGUCGACGAAUUGCUGAACUUGAGCUUUACCUUGCAAUAACACAUUUGUGUCAAAAUUUCCGGCUUAAAGUGGAAGAUGGCUUUGAAGUGGAACCAUUUCUAAGAACUGUUCUCACUGUUGGGAAAAACUUUCCAAUACAAUUCAUUGAACGGUAAAAUUGGAAUAGUUUCCUGGAAGGAGAAAAAAAAAACAGAAAUUAAACGAAGACAAGGAAAAAACUGAUAUUUCAAAAAUAAACUUUGUAGUUCUUUGAUAAACCAAAAUUUCUCAAUGCGCUUUCAAUGGAAAAUAGAAAAAAAAAAUACAUUGCAUGAAAUAUCUUAAAACAGUUUUUUAAACAGCAGACACACACACACACACACACACACACACACACACACACACACAUAUAUAUAUAUAUAUACAUGUAUAUAUGUGUGUACAUUUAUAUGUGUAUACAUAUAAAUAUAUAUGUGUAUUUAUUUGUACAUAUAUAGAUAUAUAUAUUUGUGUGUAUGUAUGUAUAUACAUGCAUAUAUAUCAAUAUAUUUAUGAAAGUGUAUGUAAAUGUAAAAAUAAAAUCUCAUGCACACAUAUACACAUACACAUUUAUGCUCACAUAUGCUUAUAUAUAUGUGUGUGUGUGUGUACCUAUAUAUAUAUAUAUCAGACUGGAGCCUGGUGUUGCCAUCCGGUUUCACCAGUCCUCAGUCAAAUCGUCCAACCCAUGCUAGCAUGGAAAGCGGACGUUAAACGAUGAUGAUGAUGAUGAUGAUAUCUGUGAGUGUAUGUGUAUAUUGUACAGAUUUAUACGAAUACAGUUUCGUAUAGUUGUAGAUAUUUAGAUAGCUAGAAAUAAAAUUAAUUCUACACAAGAAA